AUGACCCAUGCCGAGGCAGUGAUCAGUGUCUUUAUUUGCUGUCUUAGAAUUCUACAUAUUUAUGCAGCUAAAGGUAUGAGGGCGUACACGCUGGCAGCCGCAGAGCGGAUGAGAGAACUGCGAAGACUCGAUGCCAAGGAGCACAGAGGAAAGACUCCUCUGUUGGUGGCUGUAACUGCCAAGCAGCCAGCCAUAGUCAAUGAUUUGCUACUGACAGGGGCAGAUGUCAGUGCUGUUGAUGACAAAGGGCAAUCAGCUUUACACCUCGCUGCGACAUAUGGCUACGUGCAGGUCCUCCAGGUUAUAAUGUCAUCAGGCCUUCCUCUGGACCUAGAAAUGAAGGAUUUUGAAGGCCACACUCCACUCCACUGUGCCGUUCUGUCCCACAACUCCCUGCUCCGCGAGCAGCGCUGCCACUUCAUGAUAACAGAGGACCGGAAAAAAGAACUCCAGCACCAGAUGGGGGAGGUGCAAUUGUGCAUCCAUCUUCUAGUGCACAUGGGAGCAUCCAUCUACAGUCGGGAUGUUAAAAGCAACAAGACGGUCCUUCAUUACACAGUACAGGAUGGGAAUGUCUUCCUGCUCAAGUAUUUCUUAGAACUCAAUGCUUUCAAGUCCAAGGAUUUUGUCAACAGUAAGGCUCACGGGAACACAGCUUUGCACAUGGCGGCUGCCCUCCAUCGUGACAAAAACCAGGAAGAAAUUGUCAAGCUGCUCCUAGACCAUGGGGCAGACCCAAGCAUCAGAAACUUGGACAAUGACCAGGCAAUUCACAUGGUGCCGGCAGGAAAGGCUGGGGAUCAGGUCAGGCAUUUGCUGAAGAAAGGCCGGGUCGCAUCAACGCUCGCAUCCUGCCGUCGAAAUGCCCAAUGCUAGAUGGCCUGCAACUUUGGAGGGAGUAUUUUGUGUCGUCUUUGUGAUCAUGCUGCCCCUCUUGCAGAGUCCGUGCUAGUAAUUAACCACUGAAACAGCUCGUCUUGUGGCCUGAUGGUUUUCUUAGUCCACAGAGCCUUUAAAUUGAGACUUGAAUGGCUUUGUAGAAGAGGUGCUGUAGUCUGUCCAUAAGUUGUGGAGCUCUGCACAGGCACUUCAGGGUGAAAUUCAGUGCCUUGUUUUGUGGGAGCUCAGCCCCCUCUGCCUUUAAAAUCCACGAAGAACGAAAAGCUACGACUUCAGCUCUGAGAGCAAGUGUGCCACAGGCAAGUAGGUCAAGCUCAUCUCUGUAUUUCAGAACCUCUGAACCAAAGGCGUCUAAAGGGAAGGUUCGCCAAGUUGUCCUGCCGCGCUGUACCUGGGAGUGUGGUGCCAGUGCGGUGUUGUCAAUGCUCAGCACACACACAUGGAUCUGGCUUCUUGCUCUAAGAAGGGAAAGCAGGAGCUCACGGAGCCGGGUCCCAACUAGUAUGAUUUGAAUAGCUCCACUGCUGUCAAUACUGCUGCUCUGAUUUACCUCCGCUGAAGAUCUGGCUCAGGAGCUCUAUUUAGCAUUUCAGUAACUGGAAUUCACCACAGAUCCUGUAUAUAAAACAACCAGGCCUAGCUGAUCAUACGGCCUUAUCUUAGGCAAAUCUGCAAUGACUGG